AUGAAUCCCGCGCUCCUCGAACCAGGCAUAUUCCUCCACCCACGGCCCAAAAAGAACGUCCUGAGCAGCCAACCCAACAAGCGGCGGAAAACAGAACACAAGAUAGAAGAGAUUUCGUUUGAUAAUGAUGCGCGCGCGGAUUACCUGACGGGGUUCCAUAAGAGGAAGGUGCAGCGCGCGAAGAGGGCGCAGGAGGAGGCGGCGAAGAAGGAGAGGGAGGAGAGAGUGGAGAUGAGGAAGCAGCUCCGCGAAGAACGCAAACAAGAACUCACCUCCCACGUCUCCGCCAUCAACGCCGCCCUCCGCGCAGCCGGCGACCCCGACGUCCUAGACUCCUCCUCCGACGACGACGAUUCAGACUCCCCCGAAGCCUGGGGCGGGUUCUCAGACUCGGAAGACAAACCCACCACCAACCCUCCCCCUGUUCCUGGAGCGGUAGUAGACCACGAAGAAGAAUACCUCUCUGAAGACGAAGAUAAAUACACGACUGUUACGAUUGAAGCUGUGGAUGUGACGAAAGAGGGGUUGUUGAAGACGAGAGUUGAUGGUGAGGAUGGGAGUGAGGAUGAGGAAGGAGAAGAAGGAGGAAAGAAAGGGAAGGGGAAAUGGGAGGGGAAGGAUGGGGAUGGAGGGAAGAAGAAGUGGCCGAAGAAGCCGCGGAAGCAGAAGUUUAGGUAUGAGAGUAAGGUUGAGAGGAAGGCGACGAGGAUGAAGCAGAAGAGUAAGAAUAAGGCGAGUGCGGAUGCGAGGAAGGGGGGUGGUUGA